AUCACCAAUAAAAAAAACCUUUCCUUUUUCAAUACCCGUAAAAUCACUAGCUGAAAUAUAAGAAUGAGUGUACAUGUUCUAGAUGGUGCCACUAUUGUGAGCUUUGUGGAAGACGAUGAAGCAUUCACCGGCUCUGUUCAUGAGCGUUUCGUGCUUCUUGACACGGAUCACAACGGGGUUUUAUCGUAUGCAGAGAUGCUGAAAGAGCUGCAGAGUCUCAGGGUCCUGGAAACUCAUUUCGGGAUUGAUGUGAAGACUGAUCCAGAUGAGCUUGCUCACCUUUAUGAUGAUCUGUUCUUGCUGUUUGAUCAUGACUCCAAUGGCAGUGUUGAUAUGGAUGAAUUUAAGGGGGAGAUGAAGCAGAUGAUGCUUGCCAUGGCGGAUGGUCUUGGAUUUUUGCCUGUUCAAAUGGCCCUGGAAGAGAAUAGUUUACUCAUGAAAGCUGUUGAAAGAGAAUCCACCACUCUCUUCAAAUCAUCCCAAGUCUAAGUUUUGUCUGCACCAUGUGUUUCGACGUCCUGUGAGAAUCCUUGUAUUCGUUUCCUCUCUGAUUCCUCUGUUGUGUUGAGAUGUUUGAAUGAAAUUUCAGUUUUUUGCGCUA